CUCAUAGCGAAUAGUGCCCUUCCACCCAUGAUGUCCCGCGUUCAUGGAAUGAGCCCUGCUUGACCAAAGCAUGGAUGAGCAACUUCCACUGCCUUCCCAUAUUUCGAUCCAAGUAGUGGGGGCCAUCACUGGCGAUUUGCUUUGCACAGUGGAGGCAGAUGGUGGUUGGUGUGUGCAGGAGCUCAAGGAAGCCAUCCUUUCUGCCUCGGGCAUCCCUACGCAUGAACAAAAGCUGCAGAUUGGUGGGAAGGCUUGGACACAGAAAGAAAAUCAACGACUCAUGGACUUCUUGCCGGGGGGUGCAAACAAGACCACUACUGUGGAGCUCAUCCGUGCGGAUGCAGAACGUACAGCUGCACUCGAGCAUGUAGCUGUUGGUGGCUCUCUAACUCACUUGGAGGAAAGCUACAGAGGAGAUCCUGAGCUGGUGCUUACUGCUGUGAAAGCAAAUGGCAGUGCCUUUCGGUACGCAUCUGACCGGCUUCGAAGUGAUCGCGACUUCUUGCUGACGGCCAUUGAGCGGAGCUGCGAUGUGCUCUGUCAUGUUGGAGAUGAGUGGAAAUGUAAUCGGGACUUCGUUUUGCAGGCUAUAGGUCGCAAUGGAACUGCCCUUUGCUACGCCUCCACUGAGCUUCGGAGUGAUCGGAAUUUCAUCUUGUCGGCUGUGGAACUCAAUGGCACCGCCUUGUGCUAUGCCGAUUUGGAGCUUCGCCGAGAUCGAAGCUUCGCCUUAGAUGCCAUCCAGCGCAGUGGCUUGGCCUUGCGUUACGUCUCGGAACAGCUCCUGCUCGAUCGAGACUUUGUGCUGCUGGCGGUGCAACUGAAUCCUGGAGCCCUGCGGUAUGCCGAGGAGGAAUUCCGAUGUGAUCCUGAGUUGGUGCUGGCUGCAGUGAAAAAAGAUGAAAUGACCUUAGGAUUUGCCACAGAGAGCCUCAGAUCAGAUGCUAGCUUCGUUCAAAGAGCUUUGCAGCAGAACAGUGCAGCACUGCCUUAUGCGGCCGAGCACUUGAAAGAGAACAGACGAUUCCUCAAGGAUGCCUUGAAAGUGCCAGGAGUUCUCAAACAUGCAGCGGAGGAAGUUCGCCGGGAUCGCGAACUUGUUCUAGUUGCAAUAGAAAGUGAUGGAGUAGCUCUAUGCUAUGCUGCGCAGUGUUUGCAAGCUGAUAUGGCCUUUGUGCUACUGGCUGCCGAAGCAAAUCCCGCAUCUUUGCAAUAUGUACAGGAGGACUUUUGGCAUCAGAAGGAUUUUGUGAUGAAGGCAAUCGAGGUGACAGGAAUGGCACUUUGGUUUGCGAGUGCGAAGCUUCGACAUAGCAAAGACUUUGUCAUUGAAGCAGUGCGGAGGAACAGUUCCGCAUUGAACUUUGUUCCAGAAGAGCUUCGCUCCGACCGAGAGGUAGUGCUCUCCGCCGUGCAAAGCAGCAGUCAGGUGUUGAAAAAGGUUGACGAGGGCUUGGCCAAAGACCGCCUCUUUAUCCUUGCAGCAGUGCAACGAAAUGGUGCAGCUCUAGCCUACGCCGAAAGCAGCUUGCAGGCAGACCGCGAGGUAGUUCUUGAAGCCGUCCAAAGUGAUGGCACUGCCCUCUCAUAUGCUGCACCAGUACUUCAAGCGGACAAGAACUUUGUCCUGUCUGCCAUUGGCCGGAAUAGCAAGGCGCUGCUUGUCACGGUACCAGAAUGGCAGAAUGACUUCAACUUCGCUUUAGAUGCUGUGAAGAGGAAUGCAUCUGCACUUGCUCUUUUGGCACCCCACUUUCAGGAGGACCGUGAAUUUCUCCUGGCCGCACUUGCGCGGAAUGGUGAUAUGCUUCGGUAUGUUCAUGAGUCAUUUAAGGGCGACCAGCAACUGAUCCUCUCUGCAAUCGAAUCAGACAGCGCGGCACUUCGCUAUGUUGAUGAAGCCCUUCGCAGAGACCGAGAAUUCGUGCUUGACGCAAUACAACGAAAUGCUGAGGUACUUCCAUAUAUAGUUGAUUCCCUUCAAGAGGAUCCUGACUUCAUGCUUGAAGCCGUUGGCCGCAACUUCUGGGUGCUGAAACGUGCGAAUCGGUCCCUUCGGCACAACUCGGACUUCAUGCUCAGCACUUUGAAAGCCAAUGGAGCUGUUGCUGGUAUUCUCCAGUUGGUGGGCUCUGAGCUUUGGGAGGACCGCAAUUUCGUUCUUCAUGCGACCGAAGUCUUUGGCGAGGCAUUGCGCUUCGCUUCUGAUGAACUGCAGAAGGACAAGAACUUUAUCAUCAAUGUUCUGAAGAGGAAUGGUAUGGCACUCCCCUUCGUCACGGAGCUACGGAAAGAUGAAGAGGUGGCCUUGGUAGCAGUGCAGAGUCGUCCUGAAGCAAUGCGCCAUGUGCAUGAGGACUGCCGCCGAAGUCGGGCCUUUAUUCUCAAGGUGGUGGGCAGGACUGGAGCUUCCUUGGCCUAUGUUCCUGAGCAGUUUCGCAAAGAUCGCGAGGUGGUGCUGGCUGCUGUACAGCAGGAUGGCGUAGCCUUAGCUUAUGCCUCGGCCCAACUGCAGAGCAGUCGCGAGGUGGCACUAGCGGCCAUUGAGCGGAAUGCAAAUGCAGCUAUUGACAUGAGCCUGUGGCAGGACCGGGAUUUCGCGCUUGCAGCCAUUGAGCGCAACAGCGAGGCGGUGCUGCGCUGCCCUGCAGGCUUUCAGGAGGACCGCGGCUUUCUGUAUGAUGCUGUACAAAGAAACGGCGAUGCCUUGCGUUUCAUGGACGAAAUCUAUCGCUAUGACCAUGCGCUGGUCCUUGCAGCGAUCCAGAAUGACGGCACUGCUCUUCGCUAUGCUGGCGAGUUCAUGCGGCAAGAUCGGCGAUUUGUGCUUGAAGCUCUUCGUCAAAAUGCAACAGCCCUUCCAUAUGUGCCAGAGGAGUUUUGGCAAGAUCGAUCGUUUCUGCUCGCUGCUGCUCGUCGAAACCCAGAAGCUCUUCUCCAGGUUGACGAGGCGCUCCGCAAAGACCGGAACUUCAUGCUGGCUGCAGUGGGCGAGCGCGGAGAAGCCCUGGCCUCCUGUGCAUCAGUUUUGCUGGAACAUCAGGACUUUCUCCUGCAAGCCAUCGAGGUCCGCCCAGAAGCCUUCGCACAUUUGCCGGAGGAGUUCAAGAAGGAUCCAGACUUUGUUCUUGCUGCUUUGAAGAGAAACGGAGCAGCUCUACGCUUCGCUGCCGAAAGGUUCCGAAAAGAUCCGGCAGUGGUUUUGGCAGCAGUACAGAGAAAGCCAGAGGCCUUGCGGCAUGCUUCGGAGGAGCUCCGCCACAAUCAUGACUUCGUGCUUUCAGCGGUAAGAUCCAAUGGAGCUGCCUUAGCCCAUGCAGGAAACGAAAUGCGAAGCGACCGCGCGAUUGUGUUGGCAGCAGUGAGAAGGGAUGGUGUGGCCUUGGCGUAUGCCUCCGAGGAGCUGCGAGGGGAUGCGGAGAUCCUCGCCGCUGCGGCUGCCAGUGAUGCGUCAUCUUUGCAGUAUGCCUCAGAAUGCAUGCGAAGUGAGUGUGAGAUUCCCAUUGGCAACAUGAGGACAGGUGCCCCGGGAUCUGCACUUCGGCACAUUGGCGAGCAACUUCAACGCUUUGUUUCACCAAUUCGACCACGAAUUCAGUAAAGUCCGUGGUGAAGCAAAGUUUGCGAGCAAGUGGCGCUACUCAGCUGCUCGCUGUCCAGGUCAAAGCUACUGGUCACGAUUUUCAGACCUUUAAAGUUUGCAGACAGUCUGGAAAGGGCUGCUUCUCCUGUGCAUUGCCACAGGCAUUGAUUUGCGCCCCCUCAA